AACAGUGCAACAACGUUUCUAUAAUAUUUGCACACGCAGGGCUGUUACACUAAACUGCAAUUGCAAGCGAAAAUGAAUCUGCGUGUAGUGGAAUGUCUGGUUUCUUGUGUUCACAGUCCUAAUUUAUUUAUAGAGAGAGAAAUAGACAUCCUGACAGAGGCCGGACACUGGAGGCAGUGCUUAUCCUCUUCCCCUUGCUGCUGGACAAAAAGAUGGGAGGAGGUGUGCACAUUAAAGAUGCAUGGGGACCAGUGUGUCGAGUUUAAAGUUCUCCACGCUUUUUGCAGGCCUACUAAAAUAUUCAUGGCCUACACUGCAUGUGCAGGCUGCAGCACAUCGACUUAAUCUCCUUCCACUGAGAAAGAGUGUGCAGGGGCUCACAGCAAAGCAAGCACCGGCUCUACUGAUUAAGGAUGUUCGAGUCGUCUAACACUGAGCCAAAAUGUGUGAAGAUCCGCUACGGCUUUGUGGCACGCAAUCCCAAUGAGCUGACUGUGCAAAAGGGUGAGGUGAUGGAGGUAUGGAUGCAAAGAAGAGAAAUGGUGGGAACAUGAGAAAAAAAAACAGAACAGGGAUGGAGAGUUUGGGGUAUUCACCAUGAACUGAUAAUAACCUGAAGUCAUGAUAUCGAAGUGUUGGUGUUAUUCUAGGCUCAGGGUCUAGAAUAUUCUCUGGGCUGGUGUUAUGCUGGGGUCUGGGUGUAAAAUUUUUGUGGGUUGGUGUUUUGCUGGGGUCAGGGUCAAUAUUGUUUUCUGAGUUUGUGUUAUACUGGUAUCAAGGCCCAGAACGUUCUCUGGAUUGGUGUUAUGCUGGGGUCAAUGCCCAGGAUGUUCUCUGGGUUGUUGUUAUGCUGGGGUCAAGGCCUAGAAUGUUCUCUGUGUUGUUGUUAUACUGGGGUCAAGGCCUAGAAUGUUCUCUGUGUUGUUGUUAUACUGGGGUCAGAGCCUAGAACAUUCUCUGGGUUAGUGUUCUGGGGUCAGGAUCUAGAAUGUUGAUUAUGCGGAGGUCAGGGCCUAGAACGCUCUGUGGGUUGGUGUUAUGCCGGGGUCAGGGUCAAGAUUGACUUUUGGGUUAGUGUUAUGCUGGGGUCAGGAUCUAGAAUGUUCUGUGGCUUGGUGUUAUGCUGGGUUAAGGGCCUAUAAAGUUCUCUGGGUUUGUGUUAUGCUGUGGUAAGGGUCAAGAUUGUUCUCUGGGUUUGUGUUAUGCUGGGGUCAAGGCCCAGGAUGUUUUCUGGGCUGUUAUGGUGGGAUCAAGGCCUAGAACAUUCUCUGGGUUAGUGUUCUGGGGUCAGGAUCUAGAAUGUUCUCUGGGUUUGAUUAUGCUGACGUCAAAGUCUACAAUGUUCUUUGGAUUCUCUGUCAGUUUCUAUGAGGUUAUGUUUUGGUGGAUUCAUAAUAUCAUAGAUUUAGGUUAUAGAAUGGAUGGUAGAAUGGAUAAGUCAGGAUCUGGAUUGCUAAAUGUAUUGAUAUUGUGGUGGAUAUAGGGUCUAGAAUGUUUACAAUGGGUUGAUGUUACAGUGAAGUUAGGGUCUAGAACAUUUUACUAGUAAACAAUAUGGUGGAUUUUGAACCUAGAAUGUUCUAGUUGUUGGUAUUAAUGUGAAGUAAUGAUUGUGGAUGUUUUCACAUGGAUAGCCUAAUGAUUGCAUUUGCCAAAAACUUUACCCAAGUCCUAUUAACUAUAUAGUGGACAACUCCACAUGUCUAUACAACUUUACUGAAAUUAAAAAUAACCAUUCACCCAGCAUUCACCCAGAAGAAGAUCUAAAUCUCCUGAUAUUUGUAAAGCUGCUUUUUCACAAUAUCCAUUGUUAAUAGUGCUAUAUAUGUAAAAUUGAACUGAAAUGAACUGAAGUCAGUAUCUGGAAUAUUCUAGUUUGAUUUUUAAUCUAAACUGUCUUAUGGCUUGAUCUAAUAGUGGACUGGAAUAGUGGAAGGUUCAGUUAUGGUGGCAUCUGAAUUGCCCUUUACAUUGGUAUUUUUCUAGGGUUAGGAUCACAAAAGCUAAGAAUAUCGGACCCUUUGAGAUAAGAGAUAAAUAAGAGAUGUAGAUAAUGUUACAAUUGCAUUUUUUACUAUUUACCUAAGAGCUGACAUUUCCACAAUUCUAUUUCAGAUUUGAUUUAUUCUCUGCACUUAUUAAAUGAUCCAAAUGUUUGAAAUCUGUUAUCCAAAUGUGAUUUUGAAUAGAGAAAAUGAUCCUUAUUUUAUAUUUGAUAUUAAAGAUGUUAUAUUUAAGAGAAUGUUUUAAAUGUUUAAUUUGGACCAAAAAUAGAUCAUCAGGGUUAGAAUGCAAAUAUUAAUGCACACUGCUUCUCUAAUGUCAUAUGAGAAUAAAAGAGCAGUAUAAAUCUGAAAGGUGCUACAGCACGUGUGUGUGUGUGAGUAAGUGUGCACGCACUCCAGGUACUGGAAAGUGAAAAGCAGUGGUGGCUGGUGAGGAACCGCAACCUGCACACAGGGUAUGUGCCCUGCAAUGUGCUGGAAGAGUUCAAACCGGGAGAGACGCAGUACAGCCGUGCUGAGUUCUUCAACAGCCAGGCUGUGAAUCCUUACAAAGGUACUUCUCCACCUGCCUUGAUAAAUCAUGCUGAGAAUGUGGAGAUGAAUAAAUCCUCGCGGGACAAAGACAACCGAACUCAGCAGAAGGAGAUGAACGAUGAGCUCUUGAAGAGGAUUACUGACAGCAAAGCCCAACCUCCUGCUCGCAACUUCCGGGUGGAACACCCCAUCAGAACAUUGCCCAUUACUUAUGAUUCCCAGCCGUUCGAGAUCCAAUGCUGGCUCAAUGCCAAGGGCUUUUCCAGGCCGGUUGUGGACUGUCUGGGCAUACUGUCUGGAGCUCAGCUCUUCUCUCUGAGUAAGGAUGAACUGAAGGCAGUGUGUGGUGACGAGGGCUCUCGGGUCUACAGCCAGCUCAGUGUGCAAAAAGCACAGAUAGAGAGGAGCUAUGGAAACUCGGAGCUAGAGGAAAUCAUGAAGCGAAGGCAGCAGGAGGUGGAUGCUUCUACAUGGGACUGAUUGCGCUCAAACUGCCUGUCAGUCACAGCACAUUUCCAUCUGCUUCCUUUAGUAACCUAACAUACUCCACAGAUUUAGCAGAGUUGAAAUGGAGAACCCAGAUGCUGUCAAUUGCGUGUCUAAACUAAUAGAAUCCCUACUGAACUGGGCAACCGAAUUUCAAUGUUUAUGCUAGUAAUUUACUAUUUAAUCCUAUUUAUUUGACUGUCUAUUUAUUGAAGUAUAUUUUCUAAGAUAUAUAUAUAAAUAUAUAUAUAUAUAUAUCUGUAAAAAUCCAAGGAGAUCAUACAUACUGUGAUAUACUGUAUAUUAUAUGGCUGCAUAGGUGGUACAUGUGUGAC